AUGGUGUCUGCUACUCGACGCACCGCCUCCCACUCUACCACUGCGACUACUCCUGUAGAAGCUUUGUAUUCAUCUCCCGCUACGAAUGGGAAGCGGAAGAGCGCCUCCGCAAAGGAAGUGACUGACAGCCAGGCGACCAAACGGAGGAAAAAAAGCAGGGCAUGCGAAGUCAUCAGCUCACCAACCGUUGAAGUUGUGGAUGAUGACAUAGAAACCAAUGUUAAAAAUCUUCCCUACCGUACUGUUGAUUCAAAUGAUACUGUCGGGCCCGAUAUGCACUCCGAAGAAGAGAAAAAGUUUCAUACUGCAGACCAAGUCAAAGAACCCGACAAUGGAAUGACGAAUUCCGCUGCCAGAUCUACACAUGUUCGCUUUGGGAGCGAGGAACCGAGUCUAGAGAUCAAUGGAGGACAUGAGCCUUCCGUAGAGGAAGAGACAUCUAAGGGAGUUCGCGAGACGGAGGACAGUGACGAUGAUGACGAGGCCCCUGAAACAAUAGACAACGCCGUACAGCUACAGAAAUUGAAAGAGGCUGCCAGGAAAGAAGCCCAGUCUAAGCAAAGGGCCAAAGCACUAGACAAGCAAAAGCGAAGAGAGCGGGAUCAACAGCUAAAAGCCCAAGCCCAAGCCCAAGCUGUUGCAAGGCCCGCGCCUCCGAAGCAAAAUCAUGAAACUUCCAGUCUUGACCCAAAACACGAAGAAAUCCUUUCCGAGAGCUCUGCGACGUUACAGGGUUCCACGUCCAAAUUCAUCCAUCCACUUCCCAUUCUACUCCCCGACGAGAUCCUGAAUGCAGAGCCAUCUUCAGCCCACAACAUCCCCACCCCUCCAUAUGAAAGUGACUCAGCGUCAGCUACGCGAAUGCCUAAAAAAUAUAAGUUCCUUGAUAAGGUCGAGAAGCGACCAAGGGAUAUCAAAAUCGGAGGGGCGGUGAUUCGGGUUCUGGAAAGCUCGGGUGAUUGGUUAGGACGGGUGUCUUUGCCGCCUAAGGCAUCGAAGAACAGUCGUCAGGUGAAGGAUAACUGGAAGGCGGGAAAUCGUAGGCUGCCCAGUGGUGGUAGUUUGAGGAGGAGGAGUGGAGUUUCAAGCUUUGUUAGAAAAUAA